UGAAGAGGUUGAUGGCAGUAAUUACGAUGUCUAUCCGGAUAUCAAAUAUGAACGGUGGAACCCAAAUAUGGAUAUUAACGCAAAAACCUACCUGGAUGCAUGGGAUGUAUUAGAAUAAAUUACCGCUGAUUUGCUCUCGAAAGAUCAACAGCCCACUUCACGGAUGAGGUCCGAGACACCCAUAAGAGAGGAGGACUGAGCAGGCCCCUCGCCAGCACGGCUCUCCUCUGGAGAAGCCCAGGUGCAACAGCAGCAGGGGCAGCUUUUCCCCAUCCAACUCCCUAGGACCCAAAAGUCCUAAACUCCACAUUUCCUGUCUUAGUGGGUCCCCGCGAGCGUUCAAAACUGUUUCUCCAACGCUUCUACCAAAAACUCAGACUGUUUUCCAGAGCAGAAGCAGCGGUUGGGCCCAGCUGCUCCUCCUCCCAGGGGGAAGCCAUGGGGAGCGUGCGAAGCCACCGCUACAGCAUUGUCUCCUCCGAGGAAGACGGCAUGAAGCUAGCCGCCAUCGCCGCCGUGCCCAACGGCUACGCCAACGGCACGGUGGCCAAGGUUCACGCGGCGCAGCAGCAGGCUGUGAGCCGCUUCGUCCAGAAAGACGGCCACUGCAACGUGCAGUUCAUCAACAUGAGCGGGAAGGGCCAGCGUUACCUUGCCGACCUGUUCACCACCUGUGUGGACAUCCGCUGGCGCUGGAUGUUGAUCAUCUUCUGCCUGUCCUUCCUCCUCUCCUGGCUCUUCUUCGGCUUCGUCUUCUGGCUGGUAGCGCUCUCCUACGGCGACCUGGAGAACGAGACGCAGAUGUGCGUGUCUAACGUCAACAGCUUCACCGCCGCCUUCCUCUUCUCCGUGGAGACACAGACCACCAUUGGCUACGGCUACCGCUACGUCACCGAGGAGUGUCCCGUGGCCGUCUUCAUGGUGGUCUUCCAGAGCAUCUUCGGCUGCAUCAUCGACGCCUUCAUCAUUGGCGCCGUCAUGGCUAAGAUGGCCAAACCCAAGAAGAGGAACGAGACGCUGAUCUUCAGCCACUACGCUACGGUGGCCAUGCGGGACAGCAAGCUGUGCCUGAUGUGGCGUGUGGGGAACCUGCGCAAGAGCCACCUGGUGGAGGCCCACGUGCGCGCCCACCUCCUCAGGUCGCGAACCACGGCCGAAGGCGAGUAUAUCCCCCUGGACCAGAUGGACAUCGACGUGGGCUUCGACAGCGGCGUCGACCGCGUCUUCCUGGUGUCGCCCAUCACCAUUGUCCAUGAGAUCGACGAGGACAGCCCCUUGUAUGAGAUGAGCAAACAGGAGCUGGAAACGUCCCAGUUUGAGAUGGUGGUGAUCCUGGAAGGUAUGGUGGAAGCCACGGCCAUGACCACCCAGUGCCGCAGCUCCUACGUGGCCAGCGAGGUUCUCUGGGGCCACCGCUUCGAGCCAGUCCUGUUCGAGGAGAAUAACUACUACAAGGUGGACUACUCGCGCUUCGAGAAAACCUACGAGGUGAGCAGCACGCCCCAGUGUAGUGCCAGGGACCUGGCCGAGAAGAAGUCUCUGGUCUCUUGCUCCAACUCCUUCUGUUACGAGAACGAGGUGGCCCUUGAAAAAGUGGAGAUGGAGGAGACGUUUGACGAGGAGAAAGAGGAGGAUGGGGAGGAGAAGGAGGAGGUAAAAAUGGAGGAUCAGGGUGCUAUUGAGAACGCAACACUGGAGGAGACAAACACAGACACAGUCUCUGUACAUUCUGAACACAAUCAGGAUACCAGGAGUCUGACGAUGCCUUCAGAAGCAAGGCCUCUAAGACGAGAAUCAGAAAUAUGACUGCAGAGAUGUUAGGGGGGAAAUACUACAUGAAAUACUAUUAUGAUAGGUUUGACCUUUGCUCCUAACGGCUGUCUGUACUACUGCAGGAUGGCUUGACUGUGAGGUGAGUGUCAUUUUCUGAGGAAGACACUCAGGCACAAGCGAAUACAGAAUUAACAGACCAGAGAAAAUGAUGCAAUAUUAUUUAUUCUCUUUACACAAGUCCCUCAUCUGGUGGGAAGCGAUGGUAGAUUGACUGAGAGGAGUUGAUGGCUCUUCUGGCCCGUGGCACUAUAGGAAUGAGACGGGUUAGGUAGCAUUUUAUACAGUGUGUGUGUGUGUGUGUGUGUGUGUGUGUGUGUGUGUGUGUGUGUGUGUGUGUGUGUGUGUGUGUGUGUGUGUGUGUGUGUGUGUGUGUGUGUGUGUGUGUGUGUGUGUGUGUGUGUGUGUGUGUGUGUGUGUGUGUGUGUGUGUGUGUGCCUUUGAAAGUUGCAAGAGAACAUUGGAAAGUUGUCACAUUGAGACACUCCACACGAAAAAAUGAUAUAUACCUAUACUAUAGAAGUAUUACUAUAUUCAUAUACUAUAGUAUUUACUGUAGUGUUUUUGUGGAUCUGUCUGUAGUAUACUGUAGUAUUUUCUGUAGUGUUUUUGCAGACAUUACUCUAAUAUACUGUAGUAUUUACUAUAGUGUUUUUGCAGACAUUCCUGUAGUAUUUACUAUAGUGUUUUUGCAGACAUUACUGUAGUAUACUGUAGUUUUUACUGUAGUGUUUUGCAGACAUUACUGUAGUGUUUUGCAGACAUUACUGUAGUAUACUGUAGUAUUUACUAUAGUGUUGUUGCAGACAUUACUGUAGUAUACUGUAGUUUUUACUGUAGUGUUUUGCAGACAUUACUGUAGUAUACAGUAUAGUAUUUACUAUAGUAUUUUGGUUUUAUUCUCUUUUGUUAUCUGUCUGUGGCACAAAUUGGGGCGUGGGGGAAGGGAAUGUGCAGGACAUAUGCAAAUGCAGUAUUAGCAUACCAAUACAAUGUGUACUGUAGUAUUCUACAGUAUUCAAAAAAUUAUAUAGUAAGCACUAAAUCAGGGUUCCCCAAUUAGUGGCCCUCGGGCCGAAUUUAUUUGGCCCCCCAAGUUUUCAUUAUUAAUCAUUUUCAUUGUUGGACAUAAAAGACUGUAAAAACACCAGGAAAUCUGUUGCCAACUAUUCCCACGUGUAAUAGAUAUGUGAUCUUAUACAAAUAUAAGCAAAGUUUGAAAUUGUUCUGUUUUAGUCAAAUAUUAUAUAUUUUUGGUGCUUCUUGCGACCAAUUUGCAAAUGAUUUGUAAUUGUGUUCCUGGCCCCCCGACUACCUGCUCAAGAAAAAAUCAGCCCGCAGCUGAAUCUAGUUUAUGAUCCUUGCACUACAUGAUCGAGGGAUACUACAGUGUAUAGUAUAGUACUCUACAUUAUACUACAACAUUCCGUAGUAAGCACUAUACGAUCAAGGGAUACUACAGUGUAUAGUAUAGUACUCUACAUUAUACUACAACAUUCCGUAGUAAGCACUAUACGAUCAAGGGAUACUACAGUGUGGAGUGCAGUAUUCUACAGUAUACUACAGUUUGCUACAGUUUAAUCGCUGUAAACGCAACAACCAAAGAGAUGUUUCUAUUUGCAUAUUUUGUAAAUAUGAGCUGCCCCGAUAUUUUGAAUUAGCUUAGUGAAUUAGCUUAGUGUUGUUUACUUGGACUAAUUAAGGGUGGCUGGAGAGGGAUAGUGUUCGUAGCAGGGAAGGAGUGUUGUAUUCCCAAUCAACCAGCCUCUCCUAUUGUGUUCUCAACUUUCCAAAUAGCUGUGGAAAUAUAGGAAAUUUAUGUUAUCCAGAACAAAGGGAAGAGAUCAUUUUCUAUGUAAAAGAUUGUGUCAGUUAAAUUUCAAGAGAUGUAGCUACAUCAUGUAGUUAUUUGAUUCAUUUUACUGUUGCACAGUUUGACAAUCUAAAAUUAUACACAGCUUAAUCUCCGUACAAAAAGUAUAUUUAAUUUUUCACCCUUUGAAAAUAAUCUUUGAAGAUUACAUGUAAUACCACUAAUUUGGCCACAGUCUUCCUCCAUGAAAACAACCCCCAUUUAUGGUGUGUGUGUGUGUGUGUGUGUGUGUGUGUGUGUGUGUGUGUGUGUGUGUGUGUGUGUGUGUGUGUGUGUGUGUGUGUGUGUGUGUGUGUGUGUGUGUGGCGUGCAUCUGUGCAUGUGUGUAUCUAGCGCUGCAUAGCUCAUAUUAGUGUGGUACUGUACAUUAUGCUUCAGUCAAUCUUCUUGUUGUCUUAGUACAGAUGUAGGAUCUUAAUUUGACCGGUAUUGUCACAGCAAAAUAAUCCCGCAGCAAAAAGAUUUGAGCAUUUAGUCUUUUUCGCCAAUGUAAUGUUGCUUGAUCGGUGGCUAGGCUAUUAGCUGGCCACAGUUAGGCUACAUGAAAAGUGCAAUACUGAUAAUAUGUUAGUGUGGGUUUUCAGUGAAUGUAUAUAAAUCGCCAAGCUCAUCUGCGUUCCUCCAGCGCAGUAAUAUUUUCAGUGGCAACAGAGUGGUCAAAUUAAGAUCCUACAUAUUUAUAGCAUCUUUUGCAACGUGAGCCUUAACUCAAGUCUCAGUAACAUGAGCCAUCACUUGAGAUUUGGCUUUAAAACAGCUCACAGUGCAAGAGGUGUCAUAUAAACCAGCAGGAAGAUACAUCUCAAAGGUCCAGGGAUGUCUAGUACAGGGGUUCCCAAACCUUUUUGGCCCACGACCCCAUUUUGAUAUUUUGGCCCGUGACCCCAUUAUGAUAUUUUGGCCCACGACCCCAUUUUGAUAUUUUGGCCCACGACCCCAUUUUUAUAUUUUGGCCCACAACCCCACCAUGUGAAAAAGGUGAUGUAAUCAGCGGCCAAUGUUUACUUUUUAAAUUUGGGCUAUGACAGUCUAUUACAAACCAGUCUGACAGGACUUUUGAAGGCAGUAUAGUUUGAAGUGACUGAAAUGCAUCAUAAAGGUAUUGGGAAGUUCAGAAGAUCAUCAGGCAAUAAUUCUGUACGAUCUUCUGUGUAGAAAAUAACAUUUCAUUGACGAUGUUCUUUUCACCCAGUCUGAUUUAGUGCCUGGUCUUGUCAUAAUGAGUCCUGCGCUGAUUUUGGUCAGAAGGAAACAUAAGACACAUACAGGAUGUGCUCCUGAGUGUCUUAUCUCUCAGUGAUGGGGUCAUAAUAUUGUGUAGCUUCAACGUUUAAAAAGAUAGAGCCUCAUUUGUAGGAAGAAAGCAUAAACCGCUUUGUUUAUUACAACUGCACCUAGCGCCAAACGGAAGUUACUGACCUAACCCCGGUUCUAUGAACCAAGCACGAUUUAGUUCAUUUAAUUUCAGUUUCUCUCAUGACCCCAUUUUAAAAUCAGGCAACCACACGAGGUAGCAAUCCCUACUUAGGUAAACGCUGACCUAGGAUGAGAUGAAGAAGGAUAAGACAGUGAUUUCAUUCAACGGAACUCCCACUGAAUAGAUGUGUUAAAUAGGUCAAUUGAACUGGACCAAAACAAUGGAAUUGCCAUGGAAAUGCGUGGGGGAAAGAGCCAUGGGGGAAAGCUCCCGAGUCUCCUCAUUGCCCCCCAGCAAAAUGUGCAGACAUUAAGGCAAUAUUUUAUGUAUACAGUGCCUUCAGAAAGUAUUCAUACCCCUUGACUUAUUCCACAUUUUGUUGUGUUACAGCCUGAAUUCAAAAUUGAUUAAAUAUAUGUUUUUUUCUCACCCAUCUACUAUCCCCUUCCCCUUUCCCUUACACACCAUACCUCAAAAUGACAAAGUGGUACUCUUUUUUAGAAAUAUCUACUAAUUUAUUGAAAAUUAAAUAAAUAAAUAUCUAAUUUACAAGUAUGCACACCCCUGAGUCAAUACAUUUCAGAAUCCCCAUUGGCAGCGAUUACAAUUAAUUAAUUAGUUAAAAAUUCCACUUUGACAUUAUGGGGUAUUGUAUGUAGAUCAGAGAGACAAAAUCAACAUUUUAUCAAUUUACAAUUCAGGCUAAACGCAGCAAAAUGUGGGAAAAGUGUGAAUACUUAUUGAAGGCUCUGUAUUUCACCCUGUGUUGAGGUACAAAUCAGAGUAUAUUGUUUGUAUGGAUGUCAACCCCAACACAUGUUGAUGUCAUCUUCACCAAUCAACUGCAUUACAGUUAAAAAAUGAAUUUGACUACCAGCACAGAUUUCUGUAUGCUAGCUAUGCUUAUCAGCUUAUACGAACGGGAGUUAGCAUUUAGAAGUCACAGCCAAAUAUAUCCAAAUCGGACUCAACCCUUGCGUCAAUCUAAGUAUUUCACCUGUGCGUCAAUCUAAGUAACAUAAUAAACAAAACCCCAUCAAAAUACGUCACUUUAAACUAGAGAUACAUUUUUUGUAAGACGGAAAAUCAGUCUUUUCACGAAAACAGCUGUAGCAUCCGAAUGGUUUGGCCUACAAACUAAUAUGACCGUUCUAUGGAAACACAAUGGUGAUCUCCGUUUUGCUCUACGACCCCCAUAAUCCCCAUGGGACUUGUCUGAAGUCAGUAAUGCUGAUGUGCCAACUUCUAUCUGUAGAGUCCGAACAGUUUGGGCUACAAACUAAUAUGACCCCACUGUGGAAAGGGGAGACUCUCACCAACACAUCUGCGUUCCAUUGUCUCCUUUACCGCAUCUAUGGACGAAUGAAUUGGAUUAGAACACUUGGUUCCCAUCUUUUUUGACAUCACCUCUGUCUCCUUCUGUAUGUCAGCCUGGGCUUGUGUGUCAGGCCAGACCCCUCAGGAUCCAGACACCCUGAGCUAGAAAGCUGGAAGGAAGUGUGCAGAUGAAUGUAGGUAAUAAAGUGCUGCUAAUUUACAUGUGUACAUAUGGUUAGAAUGAAACGUAGGAGUCAAAAUGUAUUGUUUGUCUAUUAAAAGUAUCCAUUUUGAACAACAGUAAAAAUGUGGAGGUACUUAUUUAAUUGAAAACCAUGUAGAAAGACCUGAUUCUAUCAGUGUUAUCAGUUAUCCAAAGCUACAGUUCACUUUCCUCUUCAAGAGAACCACCCCCCCCCCCUCCUCCAAUUCCAUGACACUGACACUAGAAACCUUUUAUUUAUUCAGUUUUUGCGUAAAGCCAAAUGUACAUAAAUCCUUCGUCUGUUCUUUUUUUGUUGUUGAUUUGAAACCAUCUGUUAUCAUAUAAUGUUGACUACUACUGUGUAUUUAGAUCAGUGUUUUGGCCUUGUCUGACUGGGGACAUUACAAACCUUGUUACUUUGCUGUGUGUGAUUAGUCUCCUUAGGCAGACGGGGUUACCUCCCACAAUGUUCAGUGCUGUUGCCCGAGGUCUGGGAAGACUAGUGUGUGCUGGGUCUUGUGAAGAGGGAGCAAAGCUGUUGUUUUGUCACUUCUGAAAGGACCAGCACUUUGUGUUGUCACAUUGCUUUAAGGCAUGGUGCAUAGAGAACGAGGCGGACAAGUUCUCUUAUCUUUCAGACACAGACAGUGCGGCACACAAAAGCUGAACAGACAGACACACAUACAGGCACACAAACGUACACACUAAUGCACACGCACUAAAGAGCUAUAGUCGUACAAAAAUAUGGAGCUUUUUAUUCUGGCUAUAUACAGUAGGCCUAACGAAUCUUCACAAUUUGUUACCGUAGACAUGCACAAAUUCUACUCCGAAUGUACGUUUAUUGUUGAAAUUGUUUGCAACUUGCUCAAAAGUGUCACUUUUUAUUGCCUAUGUCGUUAACAUAGACAAAUAAAAAUGUUGUCUUUUUUAUUGUUAGCAAAUUCUUCAUAAGAAAAUGUGUAUCAGAUGAUAUAUAAGAGAAUGUCCAUGGAGGUCUGAUACACAGAGUUUGUGUGUAUUGGGUUGUCAUACGGGGAUGCCAGAGUUUGUGUGUAUUGGGUUGUCAUACGGGGAUGCCAGAGUUUGUGUGUAUUGGGUUGUCAUACGGGGAUGCCAGAGUUUGUGUGUAUUGGGUUGUCAUACGGGGAUGCCAGAGUGUGUGUGUAUUGGGUUGUCAUACGGGGAUGCCAGAGUUUGUGUGUAUUGGGUUGUCAUACGGGGAUGCCAGAGUUUGUAUGUAUUGGGUUGUCAUGCAGAGAUGCCAGAGUUUGUGUGUAUUGGGUUGUCAUGCGGGGAUGCCAGAGUUUGUGUGUAUUGGGUUGUCAUACGGGGAUGCCAGAGUUUGUAUGUAUUGGGUUGUCAUGCAGGGAUGCCAGAGUUUGUGUGUAUUGGGU